GGAACUGGAUAAACUUUUUUAUAGCGUUGAUUUUGGCAACGAUACGUACGCAGACUGAUAUUGUACUUGCAGUUACGUUGUUGGAAGGCGGUCGAACUGCUCAUUCAGCACUCAAUUUUCCAUUGAAUAUGCAAAUCAGUGAAAAUACCACAUGCAACAUUUCCAAGAACAGUUCGAUGGCCAACGUUUUGCAGCAAAGCAAACUGAUUGUUUUCGAUGAUUAGAUAAAACGUUGCAAGAUUUACCACCAAAGCCGGUUUGGUGGUGCGAUAAUUCUGUUGGCAGGUGAUUUUCGGAAAACCGUUUUGUAAAAACGCGCCUAGAAACUCAAAUUUCACAGCCAAUUUCUGCAUUCUGCAUUCGUGUCGAGCUGCAGAACGAUCGAUCUGGAGAAGAAUUUUCCAAACAAUUGCUGGACAUUGGCAACGGAAAAAUCCGAAAGGUGUUUCCAAAAAUAACAAAAAUCAUGAUUGGAUGAGCGAGCGCCCUAUAUUGGCUGCAGAAGACAUUGGUGUCGCCGAAUUGAAUUUUAAUAUUCAAUGUGAAAUUGCUGUCGAUGAUGUGGUCAACUAUCCAACCGAGAUUGUGGAUUAUCACCUCACAAUCUCCAACUGUAAGUAGGAUCGGUGAUCAUAAAGUUACGAAACACAAACCAACCACGUCUUUGUAAUGGCACAGGACUUGCGGUAAAAACCUAAUGAAUAACUGCAUCGAAGCAACAAUACUUAAAAGAAUGUUCAAAGGAGAAUACAUUUUGAUACCACGGAUACCAUUCAAUCGCUUGCCAUUUCCGGUACGGCUUGCAUUCGCAAUGAAAAUUAACAAAUCUCAAGGGCGAGAAAAUCCACGCAUCUCGCAUGGUCAAGUGUAUGUCCCCUGUUCCCGUGUCGGAACACCAUCAGCAUUAUUUGCUUACGCGCCAGACAACAAAAUUUCUAAAUAGAGACCAAUAUAUGUAUAAAAGAAAUACGAGUAUAUGUAUAUAAAAAGUGAGAACCGUAUCCUGUUUAUAUUCGUUUAUAUGGCUACUCUAAAAUAUAAAUUGUGUGUUAUUAUUUCACUUGUGUUGGCAACAACUAAUUCAAACAAGAAGAAGAAACUUGCUUUCAAUUGUUAUUGUUGGCUGUAAUUUGUUGUAUAAAACUAUACAGAAAAUCAAUAUUGCCCUCGACGACUAUAAUAUUGCUCUGGCAAAUAUGUCCGAUAAACAAUUUACGAAACGCAAGUGGCUUUUUUGGACCAGGGACAUGAUAGAGAAAUUUAUUGAACUCUUAAAGGAACAUGAAUGUUUAUACAACAAUAAAAACAAAUACUACUACAAUCGUCACAUUAAGGAUGAGAUAUGUGAAUAUAUUCUGCAUGAAAUGCAGAAGGAUAAACCGGCCAUACAAAUAGGUGACAUACGAAGAAAAAUGAAAGUAUUGCGCACACAAUACGCUCGCGAGAAUCGUAUGUUGUCAUUGGCACGAGUCCAUGGGAAGGUGUAUGAGCCAAAAUUGUGGUGCUAUAACAAGUUAUCGUUUCUGGAGAAACAUACAACAUGUGUUACUUCAUUAAAUAAUAAGGAUUUGCCUACUUCCCAUGACGAGACCAAUACAUUUUCCGAUGAUGAGUCAUUCAAUUAUGACGACAACGAAGACAAUUCUUUGCUAAUGGAAAUUUAUAAAAAAGAGGAAAUGCUUACCGAUAACGCCGAUAAUGUUCAAUAUGAAGAUUCUUCAAAACCCAAUGAAACUAUUUACGAAGAGAACAAGACAACUAAUAAAAGCGAAGAAACCGUUGAGAAUAAGGAUAAAACACAAAGUGGAAAAUAUGAUUGGGUGGCGAAUUUUGUUGUUUCCCAAAUAGAGGAUAUAGAUGCAGCACAUCGUGGAGAUUUCGUAUGGGACGUACAAUGUUUGGUAAGAAAAUAUCUAUUGAAAUCCAAAAUUACAAAGGAACAGGCUCAAUCCAACAAAUCGAAUGAAGAGCAGGCAACCACAACGAAAGAUGUUACAUUUCACAAAGGUUCGAAUAUAUCGGUAAAUGUUAACUUUUUAUAAAAAGAAAUGCUUAAUAAAUUUGUAUGUGUGUAGAUCAAAAGCUGUCAGAUAGUACAAUUUAACGCUUUUCUUAAUAUAAACUAGUAACUAGUUUCGAAUAUGAAAUUCGUUUGCGUAAUGUAUUUAUUUACUAAAAUAGUUAUAGAGUAAACUUGCAAAAAUUGAAACACAUUUGUAUUUUAUUCUAAUAAAUUAUUUAAUAUCAAAUAGCAUCAUCAUCCCUUUAAAUGAAAUUAGCAAAAAAAUAAAAAAAACAAAUAAUUUCAACAAUAAAAAGUAAUUAAACUACAUACUUGUAAGUAAUAGCAUUUAAAAGAUAAAAUAAAAUAAACUUAAAUGGAAUGAUAAGGUUGUCAUUAACCAUAAUAAGAAAUACAAAUAAUAAUAAAAAAAAAACUAAAAUCA